AUGGCUUUCCAACCUCUGGGGGAGGAUCGCCCCUUGCCACCCACUCUAGACGCUGAUCUUUGCUGCAUGGAAGACGGCUGGGAUAAGGACAGCCCCUCCAAUACGGGGUCAGCAGCAGCAGCAGCAGCACCAGGAGGCGCAGCUGCGGCAGCAACAUGUAUGUUGCCCCGUGAGCAGCAUCAGCUGCAUCAGCGCCAGCCAGGCGCCGCAGCCGCCGCAGCAGGCGUAGCCAGGCUUCCUACGCCGUCCGAGCGAGCGCAACGUCGGCGAUCUCGACCCGGCCCUGCCAUACCAUCACCGUCAUCAUCAUCCUCAUCACCCUCUGCUGCUGGUCGCUUGUUCAUCGUCAGCGAGCCUGGUCCGCCCAUUGAGGAGCGGAAGGACGGCCUCCUCAAGAUGAUUCAGGCGCAGCACAAGUUCCUUCCCGCCGGAGUGAACGGACGGGCGGGAGCCCGGGCGCGUUGCCACGUCGUAUCGCCGUUCGUGGGCAAGCGGAGGGGUCAGUUCGUGGCGUGGGAGAACCAAAUGGCGACGUUCUUGGGGUACAACCGGGACACGGUAGCGGUGGCCCUGAACUACUUCGACCGGUACACGUGCGAGAAGCGCUGCAGCCCCACGCUGGCUCAGGCGGUGGCGGCGACGGCCCUGCACACCGCGGCUAAGUUCGAGGAGACCAAGCCCGCAUCCUUGGUUCUAAACUGGGACCUGCGACCGGUGACCGUGUACGACUUCGUGCGAGCGUUCUGCGCUCUCCUCGUGCAGGGGGAGGGCUCGUCUCACGCCGCCGCCGCGUCCACCUCCGGGGUCGGCGGCGCUAGCGUCAGCGUUUCGCUGCAGGCCAGGGAGGAGAAGAAGGAGGAGCUCGAGCGCCUGGGCGUCUGGGCGGAGGAUAUCGCAGACCUCGCCUCAUUCGACGUUCGCUUCGUGAACUUCCUGCCGUCAACCCUGGCCACGGCCGCCCUCCUCCUCUCCGCCUCCCGCGGCGGGGGCGGUGGAGCCGCCGCCACCGCCGCAGCCUCCGUACCGCCCACCUCGCACGCCGAGGUGCUGGACGUGUGCUGGAAGGGCCCCGCCGAGGCGGACGCCGCCAGCGACGGCGCCGCCAUCGAUGGAUGCGGCGGAACCGGUGUCGCUUCGCUCCGGCGCGUACUGGAGUGUGUCUUGCUCCUGGGCUCUUCGCUCGCCGAGAGAUACCCGGCCGUUGCUUCUGCGGCGAGGUCGGCGGCGGAGGGCGUGGCGCGGUACGCGGGCUUCCCUGUCCCGAGCGGUACCAGCAACGUGCCCCCCCGGCGGGAGCCGGCGGGGAGGAAGCGGGCGGCGCAGGCGGCGACUCCGCCGGUCGUGGCCGUCAAGGGCCGUCGCUGCGCCACCCCGACCGGCGUCGAGGGCAUCGUGCACAUCGAGAUGGAUACCCUUCGCGGGGGCGAGGCCGGCCUGCAGCAGCAACAGCACCAACCGUCCGAGCACAAGCCGCGUGGCAGCGGCGACGGCGCAUUGGCUGGUGGUGGUGGUGGUGGUGGUGGUAGUAGCGCUCCCGUGGGCGGCGAGGGGCUCGGGCCGGGGGGGUCUGUUCACGUUAAACAGGAGCACCAGCUGCCGCAAGGCCGCCACCGCCGGCCCACCCCGAUCAUCACUGCAGCGGCCGGGGCAGCGAACAACAGCGCGGCAGGUCAGCCACAGCACCAGGACCACACGCCCGCUUGCGCCGAGAUGCGCGGCUCGUCUUCAUCGUUCGCCUAUUCCGGCGAUGACGUCGCUUUCUCGAGGGCAACCAAGCACACGCGUGCGGCGGCGACGGCGACGGCGACGGCUGCUGCCAUGGCUGCUGUUACCUCGGCAUCCACUGCCGCUUCUCCCCGUGCUACCGCUGUUGAUGCCGGCAGCGACAUGAACGGGGCGGUGGCGGCCGGGUCCUCGCUCAUGUCGUGCAACAUCAGGAAGAGGUCGGCAGAGGCGCUGGGUCACUGCGAGAGCGGCUCCGGGUUCGGCGCUCCCGCGACCCGGCGCAGGCUGGAAGCCAGCGGCGUGGCAGGCAAGGCCAUGAAGAGGGUCUCCGUCUCAGCCGCGAGUUCAGCGGCGUUGCCGCCUGCUGCGAGUUCGGCGGGCAUAAUAGCCGCUGUCGCCGCCACGGGCGUGAACGACAAGGCCACCGGCAGCAGGAACUGAUGGUGAUGCUGUCGACAGAAGUUCGAGAACCAUGCCCGAAUUUUUAGCAACCGCCUUGGCUGGUGGUGCUGCUGCUGCUGCUGUGCGCGGGGGCGAGAGACGGAUGGUGUUGUUUUUACCAUGUGGUGUACGUACGAUGUUCGGAGAUGAUGGAAGGCGACUCGUGCCAAGAAGAGAAGAAGAAUCUGGUUCGAUUUGUACGCGCUUGUCUUUUUGGGUAUCUGCGGGCCUCUCUGGUAGUAGCUGUUUCUUUUUAUGGUGUAGGACUUGAAUCUGUCCGAUUUUUUGUUUGUGUCAUCUUUUUUUCUCUUUUUUUUGUUUUUUCACUUGUGGGCGAGUACCUUUUUUUCUGCUCUCCGGGUCUUUCGUCGGAUCAUGAUUGGUGGAGUAGAUUGGAUUGGAUUGAUUAGGUCGCAGGACGUGUGUGCCUCCCGACACCGUUUUCCAAAGGUGCCAUGAAGUAUCACGCAGGCGAGGAGGGGCGAGGGAGGAGGGCGUACGCUUCGCCGUUGUUGAACAACGGCCUUUGCGCUGCGGUUGUUGCAGUUUUAUUUUUCUGUUCGAGUCACUUGAAGUCACUUGAGGAGUGCGGCAAAAAGCCUACGGGGGAAGAUGAAGGGGCCAAGGGUUUUACCCACCUUGACAUAUUUCUUUUUCCCUGUCGUUAUUUUACCUCCAACAAGAGCGAUCGUAAGCCACAACAUGGCAUCGGCCGUGUAGUAUCGAGCAACGCAAGCUUGGCCACCGUGUGUGGUUUUGUCAAGCUUUGCUGUUGCGCAUGUUUUUUUCUGAUGGUGUUUUUUUGGUCUCAUGCUUAUGUGUUUUCAUUACUUGUGAGAGUACAGAUGGCGCCCUCAGCGCGCGUGUGCAAGUAUAGGCAAUGCCCCCAGCAGGAUGUAGAGCGAGUUUGUGGGGUGGAUGACUUGUUUGUCUCAGGGGCAAGGGAGAGAUCGUCGCACAUCGUGUACGGACUAGCAAGAGAAAGAGGGGUCGGAGUGAAAUUGUGCCCUUUGUUUUUUCCUAAUUUUUUUCUCACCCCUUGUCGCUUUUUUUUUGCGUGUGAGGGUUUCUUAGCGGGUGCAGCGAAGAGUAUAGAUUGCGUCCGUGGGUAAUGCAGACGACGCGAGGUUAAGAUUAGGGCAGGGUCACGCGGAGAAAACGCAUGUAAGGCGAAAAGCGCAACCAUUUGUUGGUUGGGCCUUUUCCCGAUCGUGCUCUGAAAGAUGGAAAGAGAGGUUCUCGCGAAUGGUAGUUUGUUUGCUUAGCACGCGUGCGGGGGGGGGGAGGGUACGUAACCCCCCCCCCCCCCCUUGCACCCUAUAAUGGUCGGCCGUGAUUUGUUCUUCUCGUCUUGUUUUUUUUUUGGAAAGUGGUGUUCACUCGUGCGUCCACACUACAUGGGUACUGUAGCGAGUUUUACCGUACCGUAAGAAACCGUCGCCAUCCCAAGUAAGUCUCUUUGGGAGGGCUGCUUGUUGGAAUUGUUUUGCCAGCACACAACCUCGUACGUGUUAAAAGUAUCUUACUAGAAUCCUGUUGUUGGCUAUUUUUCUGCUACGGUUUUUCUCAAACACACGUCUGUACCGAGUUCGACUCGAUGGAGGGGGGGGGGGUCGGCACCUCUCUGCUCUGCUCCUGUAUGUUGCGGAAAUGGAGCUCCAUGUUUGAUGUUUUUUGUUAUGUUGGAUACAUUUUGAUAUAUAUUUCUUUGGUUUAUUAUUUGUUCUCUUCCCCCCCCCGGGGGGGAGACACACGCUAGCCUACCGCAUGCAUGCAGGAGGCUUGGAUUUGGCGCAUGUACCAUUUCACCGUUGGUGCGCCCCCCUUCGGUGACGUUGCUGGGACGGUUUUUUGUUUCCGGUUGGUCCGUCGCAAUUUUUUACUGGUUGUCGAUGUAGUACAGCAGUGGGCGGAGCAUGGUGUGACAGGUACAGAAGGCCGUUACACACGUUCCGGAAAAGAGGGGUGAGUUUGUGCACCACACGGUUUUUGGGCGAGAGAAGGAGGAGUUUCGGUAAGGGGAUGGACAUAAAAAUGAGCCGUUGUUGCUGUUGUUGCGAGAAGAGGCGUUCCAAGGUUGAGCCUCCGUAGUUGGAUGAUGAAAGUUGGGGGCGGGCGGAGUGGGGGAUGGGGGCAGGAAAUGUACGCCGCCCUUGGAAAUGUUGUCUUGGCGAGGAAAGCACUCAAAAGGUCUAUACUAAAUGGGGGUGGGGUGCCGGAAAGGGGGGCAUCUCGAGCGAUAUCCGCUCUCGUGCUCUUGUUGUUGGGUUCUUCUUGAGUUCCCAUUUUUAUUUUUUUUGUGCCUUGGUUGGCGGGCGAGGAGGGGUGCCGCGGCAGGGAAUCUGGGGUGGGGAGGGAGCAAGGGUGUGGUUGUGCCGCCAGGGGAAGGGCAUGACAAUACUAUAUCCCGAGUCUGAUUGGUUUCGUUUGGCAACAACAACGGUCCCGCUGGACUGACUUGUGGGUAGAAAAAGGAUCGUCACAACAGCGGUAGCAGCACUGGUGGUGGCUGGUUGCAAGGGAGCCGGCAACAAGACGCGACUGGGCUGGUUCAUUGGCGGUGUGGAUAGAUGGAAGACCGCUUCACGAGAAGGUUGGCAAUGUGGACUUGCAACGAAGUGUUUAGCGGGCCGGUGGCGGGAGGGUGGGUGGGGGAGGACAUGCUGUCGGAAGCAGACGGAGGCACAAGCCGUGACAGCGGAAACGCAGCAGAAGACAAGGCGAAGCAACAGCAGUAGAGGGGGCACAAAUGUGCACCGGGUCUCACUGUGGUGUAGCAGCACAUACGUGCAGCAGUAGCCGGGGAAGUAAAAAUAAAAAUGUAGGGGUUAGUUCGUGUAGGCGGGAAGCAAAACUAUUUUAAGGCAGAGGGAGCGAGGGAGAGAGGCAAGCGACGCUUUUGACUAUCGACGAGUGUCGUUUUUGUGUGUUGAGUGUGGUUUGAGUGGGAGCCCGUGCUACGUGCCAGCAGCAGCGGCAGCGGCAGCGGCAGGAUUGUUCGCUACCACGGCCUUCCACCACUAAGCUGUAGUAUAACAGUUUAAAGGAAUUGUGGUAAUUGUUUGAGUAAUUAUAGCGAAAGAGUUGAGUUGCGAGAGCGGCCCGCAGGCCAGCCUUGUUGAGGGCGCCGGAUUGGAAACAAGCCGUCUUCUUGGUCUGCACAACCAACAACCCGUGGACGGGGAUGCAGCGGUAGCUAGCUCAUGUUAUCACACAAGACAAAGAUGGCGGUGAGCGGGGCGAUUGAUUUGUUGAGCGUGGUUACGGUGUGGCAUCGGCGGUGGCGUUGGGGGGGGGGAGUCGUGUGGUAUCGUUCUGAUCACGGGAAGCGUUUCUGGUGUGCAUGGCACUUUUUUGUGUUUCGUGCAUUUCAUUCGUUCGUUGCCUGCCUGUCUGUCUGUCUGUCUGUCUGCAAUAUUCGUAGUUAAGGCAGGAAAAAAAAAAUGCGGAUGACAACCGAGGAUUUGGAUUUGUCGAUCCCGGGGUCGUGUGUUGAACUAGUUAGUUGUUAUAGUUUCUCCCUCCUCUCUCUUGUCGUGCACACAUGGUGCACACAUGGCAGUAGGCCUCGAGACCCUUGGCCGCUGAACAAGCCUCCCGUGGGCUUGUCGGCGGGCAACGAAAGGGAAACAUACGUAGGUGCCCCGUCGAGGAAGAGGGUUUCGGUUGUGAUAAGCGGAACCGGUUGUUGUUCCGGCAACAGGCUAGAAAUCAUCCGUGUGGCGACGGCGGCGUGGGCGUGUUGUUUUUUUUGUCCCCACGCGUGUAAAGUUUGGUAGGUACAUGUCGUCAGCUUUUCUCUUCUUGAGAAACGGAACUGAGUUAUCUUAGCCCUUGUAGUAGUGCGGGCGGUAUAUACGUCAAGGGAAUGGGUUGCAGGCAUCAAUGCGAACGAGCGAGUUGGCCCUGUGCUGUUGCGGCAGCUUGUGGUUUGAUUUGACGUGCGCCAAGAGGUUUAAGAGACAAGUAUAGAGUGACGGGGAAUUUUAGAGAGGUAGCUGUGGUGGCAUGCGUGUGUGGAUAAAACAAUCCAAAAUAGCUUCAAGGAGGAACGGAGCGGAUGCAGGGAAAAGCAAACCAGAUGUGGAUACCUUGCUGGCAACCGCAAGGAAUCGCUGUUUCCUGUUGCAGGCAUUUGAAAAUCAGCGUAGGAUAGCCCUUAAAUUCCUUUUGUUCAGCGGAUAAUGCUCUUGUUGGCGCGAAUCGAAUGCCAACAGAAGGGUUGUCCAUCCCUUGAAGGAGCGCGGCUCCAGCUCAAGGUACGGUAGGCAUGGCUGUCGGGAUCUGUCAACAUGCAUUUGGUAAUUGCUCGGUUCUUCUAUUGGGACUGGUGUUUGAGUUGCCAGUUUGGCCAACCAAGUUCGGCGCUCGUCUCUCUUGUCCGCGAAGAAAGAGUGCCCCAUUUCUUUUUUUUUUCCUCUGUUUCGUUUUGCAGUAUCUUUCGUCGGCGGGCGGUGCGUGAGUUGGUGGGUGAAGAACCGCAGGCGAUUUGUUCUUUCCUUCAUUUUUCGGUCAGUCGUUGAGGUCUUGUUUUGUACCUUCUUUUUUCGUUUUGGUCGUUGUCGUUUUUUGUUGUCUUUGGCAAGACUUGCUUCAUAGGUACAAUAUGCGAUUAGCACAGUGAUCUCAUUCUUUUCACACGCAGCUUCGCACUUGGCGUGGCUCAGAAUUGUCGAGGGGGG